AUGAAAGCAGAAAGUCAAGGAACUCACGACAAGGAGCCGCCAAAGCAACGAUCAUUCAAGUCAAUUCUGAAAAUACUCGACAACAAUUACACGCACUCGCUCUCAAAAGCGGCUAUUCAUUUACAUUUCAAGGAGAUCGUCAGUGUCCAGAGUUACGACAAAGAGACAUGGGAUCAAUGGGAGAGUGGGUUAAUGAUGAUUGGACAAGCGGUUGGAAUGAACGAGCAUGCCCUGGAACGCCUUCGGUUGAAAGAACUGCGCAAAGCAAAGUCCUAUGCCAAACGCCCAAACUACAACGGAAAAUUCGGCUUCGCUGAGGUUAUUCGAUCAAGAGAAGACGCUGAACAGAUUAUCGACGGAAUCAACGGAGACAAAAACGAUCUCGUCUCGAUGCUUGUUAUUCACACUGAAGCGAUGCGAGCACUCAAAGUUGCAAAUAUGAGAAUGCAUCUUGCGUUGGGAGUAGAGGAGCACAAAGCCUUGUUGGCAAGGGAAUAUGCGGAAGAAUGCGAAGUGAUGCGACACGAGUUGGUCAACGAGAACAAAAAAUUGCGCACUCUGCUUGCCGCUCAUCGUGGACUAAACGCCGAAGAAAUCAAGGAAGAAUUGGACGAGUUUCUGGGCAAAAUGAACAACACUUCAUCGGACGGAUCUUUGUCGGAAAACGAUGACGAUGGAUUUGGAGAUGACGGGGAGAUUCUCGGUGCCGAGCAUUGUCCAUUCUUUAAUUCGGACACUCGGGUGGCCGGUAUUCGUCUUGCUCAACAACAGAUGCGUGCAGCGAUGAUGUCGUUUAAGCCUCAAGUCUCUCCAGCAAAGCCAAUUGUCAACCGAUCAAGCAUUCCGCCCAACAAGGGACCGCGUCUUGUUGCCAAAUUAUCCGAAGUUAUCUUCAAUGGGCAUAACAAGUCGACGCCUGCUAAGUGCAAGAAGAUAAAUGUUUCAUCAGGUGAUCUCAGCGGUUGCAGGGAUAUCAAAAUGCUCUCAUCGUGUGACCACAUUGCAGCAAAUGGCAUGCGCGAAGUGAUUGAGGUGUCCAGAGAUGCAAACAAUGUCGCACACGGAAAUAUGGAGAGCUCACCAAUCGGUCAACUGAAAGCAGAGAAACAAGAUGACGAAAUUUUUCUUAUUGAUGUGCCACGAACAGCUAUUGCAAGCGCCACCCCGCAACGACAUGUCACUUCAUUGAACAAGAAAAAUGAUGCACCAGUCGUUGGUCUCGAGUCGCCAAUCCGAACGCUCAUUUUGUCUCCUCGUGCUGUGAAUGGAAAUCCCGAACGGGCACAGAAAGCGAAGAUCGAUCUCGAGGACGGACUAUUGUCGCCGCUUCGAUUGCUCGAAGUGAAAGAAGCAAUUCGUGUUGAUGAAAAAGCACGUCUGGAAUUAGACGAGGAGGAAGAUGAAAUAAAGAAUGCGCAACACGAGAAGAACGCCUUCUCUUCACCACAUAUCACUCCUAUUCCAACUGCAUCAAGUGCUGAACCUUCACCGAUUAUCGAAUCAGAAGAGAGCGUUCCACUGUUUGGAUGGUUUUGCAAGUUCUCUUCGUUCUUCUCACCUUCACGUCAACACCAGCAA